AUAUAAUCUUCCGGUUUUUGUGACCUUCGAAAACUUGUUGUCUGGCCUGGUCCAAUUUGACCAUGGCUUCAGCUGCAGGACCUAAAUAUAAACAAGACAUGCCCCCCAAAGGGGGGUAUGGUCCAGUAGAUUAUAGUAGGAAGAUAUUCAAACGAAUUAAGGGUAAAUACAUCCUUGGUGGCUUUAUACCUUUUACUGCAUAUUGUUGGUGGUUGAUAUCUGAAACAAAGAGAUACAACAGAAUGCAUCAACUAGAAAAUACAGAGGCAAACAUCGCAUUAGAACCUUUGUUGAUGGCAGAAAAGGAUAGAAUGGUCCUCAAGUUGUUUCGUCAGAACUGUGAGUUGGAGGAGGACCUGAUGAAGGAUAAUCCAGACUGGGAGUUUGGAACCCUGUUUGGGUUACCCAUCUUCCACGAUGUCAAGAAACGUGGAAUAAUGCCUCAUGGAUAUGAAUUGUUUGCUCAUACAAAUUUAUUUUAUGGAGAGGAGCUGUCAAAGAAAUACUAUACAAGGUCACAGGGAGCUUACUUCGAGCAAAUUACCCGAAGGAAUGCCGAUAUUCCAAGUAAUGAAGACUAUUCGAAAAACUAUUAAAAUUGUGUAUAAAUCAAUUUAUUGAGAAUAAGCAUUCAACUUGUGUAUUAAAAGUAUUGACUAGAA